AUGCAUUGGUGGGUACUGGUAAAGCGCUACUUUGUUUUCUUCACAACAUGCCUCAUCGGUUACCUCAAGUAUCAGUACUCAAGAAGAUUUACGAAAAGAAAACCCAGGGAUGACCUAACACCUAUAGAUGACGUCACACAAGUUCACCCGAAUGUAAUCCGAAUUCUUGGACAAAAUCCUGGGCCGUUUACACUUCAGGGAACGAAUACCUAUUUGGUUGGUUCCAAUCAGAAAAUGUUUUUGAUUGACGCUGGAGAGCCAAACAAUCCACGGUACAUUGACAAGCUCAGGGAAGCUCUUGGUGCUGGCACAAUUGAGGGUAUAAUCUGCACUCACUGGCAUCACGAUCAUUUAGGUGGAUGUCAGUCAGUACGCGAGCACUUCAGGACAUCAAAAGGCGAUCCACCGCCGGUAUACAAGGGAAAGCACGGCAGCGCAGCCAGGAAGGACUAUUGUGAAUAUAUUGCAGACGGUCACGUAUUCAGGCAGAAUGGCGUCACCCUCUCCAUUAUAGAUACAAAAAGCCAUGACGAGCUGGCCGAACUGAGGGUACAAGAACACAUGUUAAGCGCCUAUAGUAAUGUGACAGUAACAGGCAGACGAGCUGAGGUUGAUGGAAAAAGCUCUACCUGA